GUUUCGCAUAAUGCUGCUUGAGAAGGGUUGCAAAGAGAGGGUUGCUUAUGGCGGUGGCUCAUGGACUGUCUUAGGCGGUAUAUCCGCGAGCGGCAAAACUCAACUUGAGGUUGUUACAGAACCACGGCUGCCAACAUUAAAUGCCGAAAGGUACAUUCGUGAGUGCUUAGAACCUCACGUGAUACCAUACGCGGACUAUGUGGGCCCAAUUUUCCUUUUUAUGCAUGAUAAUGCAAGAGCCCAUGCGGCCGGCAUCGUCAGGGAAUAUCUUCGGGAUGUGAACAUCACAGUUAUGGACUGGCCAGCCAGAAGCCCAGACAUGAACCCCAUUGAGCACAUGUGGGACGAGCUAAAAAGACGUGUUAGGGCUCAUGAGAACGGCCGCGGUGCGGCGGCGUGGGUGAGGCGGUACUGGCGCGCGUGGGUCGGCGAGGUGGUGGGCACGGCGCUGCUGGUGCUGCUGGGCGUCGCCACGCUCAUGGCGGGCGUGCCGGCGCCGCUCACGCACCCCGCGCUCGCCUUCGGGUUCGUGGUGCUCAUCAACGUGGAGAUCUUCGGGCCCGUGUCCGGCUGCCACCUCAACCCCGCCGUCACGCUGGCGGCGCUGCUCUACGGCAAGAUAGCGCCGGCUCUGGCCGCCACAUACGUGGUGGCGCAGCUGGUGGGCUCGACGCUCGGAUACUUGCUGCUGACGGUGCUGACUCCGGCCGGCCAGCCUCACGGCGCCGGCUGCACCGCCACGCAGCUGCACCCCGCCGCCGCGGCCGGCGUGGAGGCGCUGCUCACGGGCUCGCUGGUGUUGCUGUGCUGCGCGCUGUGGACCGCGCACGACGACGCCAACCCCGACCGCGCCGCCUCCAUCAAGCUGGGCUGCGGCAUCGCCGGACUCGUCUACGCCGGGGUCGGUAUGCUGCACCUUGCGCACUCCGUUACCCUUCCGGAAUACCUCCCCCGAUGUACCCUCCCAGUGACAGUACAGUACACAGUAGACACCGUGAACCUUCUUCGUUCAUGUCCAAUUAACUUUAGAAAAAAAAUUGUUGGCAGCGAUUACAUAAAAUAUAAUAUUAUUAACGUGGUAAUUUCUGGAUUCCUGCGGGAUUCUCAUAAAACUUUAGUUAACGGGGACGAAGAUCGCCACAAAUCGAUUACUUCCAACUUUGUUGCCUAUGUAGAUUACAUCUCUAAUGCAUUGGACAACGAAGGAGAUGUGCAUGCCGUAUACACCGAUUUUAAAAAGGCGUUAGACCUCGUAUAUCACGAUCUUCUUAUUCUAAAGCUUAAACACGGCCAUCUGACGGGCGCCAGUCUCAACCCUGCCAGGAGUUUGGGGCCGGCGCUGGUGCAAAACUUCUGGAAGAACCAUUGGGUAUACUGGGUGGGUCCGCUGGGCGGCGCAGCGCUGGCGGCGCUCCUGCAUCGCUUCGUGUUGCGCCCGCGACCCGCGCCACCCGUCUCCGCGACCCUGAGGGACCCCGCGCGCGAGCCCUGCGCGCGCGACGAGGCGCUGCCGCUGCACGACAAGGUGUAGCGCCACCGACACCGAUCCAUAGCUCACCGCGCGACCGCACCGAGGGCCUCCUGCUCACUGAGCCACAUCACUUGAUCGCAUCUCACCAUCGUUCUCUUCUUUGCAAAGGCCGUUUCCGCGACUCGACGUCCUUAUGGCGCCUGUGACGCGUCCGCAGGGUGCGUCGCCGGAGACCCUCCGGCCGUCCCGACGCCAUCGGGAACGCCCUCGAUGCCUUCGCAUUAGCGAUCGCCUCUUGCAGGUUUCGCGGUGAGCCGAAGUUUAACCGAACGAUUAGGUAAUUGUCCGACUGCAAAUAUUGAGAUGGUGAAAACCUUCCAAUUUGACGUUUAAAUAGGUCCGAGAGAAUAUUGUAUGUAAUACUAAUGAUGCUCGCGAUCGAGGACGAGUU